AUGUCCAAGAAGCAGUACAAGAAAUCAAUAGAAUUAACAGAAAGGGAACUUAAAACGCCAAAGCCUCUUACGCCAGAAGAGCGUCUGAAGCAGAUCAAGCCCAGACUAGCGCAGGACAUAAUCAAGUGCGCAGCCAAAUCCGAGAAGGCCAUGAAGCUUAUGGAGAAGGCGAACACAAUUGUUUUUGUGUGCGACCUCCGUGCCACCAAGCCCGAGAUAAAGAAGGCAAUCGAGCAGCUAUACUCAGUAACUCCGCGAAAAGUGAACACCGCAAUUACCUUCAAGGGGGAGAAGAGAGCAUACGCUAUUUUUGGAAGACAGCACAGCGCAAUAGAAAUAGCCAGUGCAGCAGACAUCAUCUAA